UCUUUUUUGCUUCAUUUACAUUAGUACCUGCAAAUAAUGUAAAGUAAAAGAAACAAAAUAUACCAUAUUUAACUGCUUGUGUGUUCAAGUAAAAGAAUAACAAUUCUUGCAACUAAAAUUACUAAUUGUGUCAUAGACUUAAUGCAAUAAUGAUCAAGUCAAAACAGAUUUCUUUUUAAUUUCUAUAACUAACAUCAUAAUUUUCAAUAAAAAAUAUAUUUGUCAUUGAAUUGUGAAAAAUAUUGUUCUUUGAUUUGGUCAUUUUUUGCAAUAAAUGUUUUCGUUUCUGUUAUUAAAAAAUGAUUACCUUCUAAUCGAACCACAAGAGGUAUUUUAAGACCUAAAUUUCGUGCAGCUGCUAUAAUUCCAUUUGCUAUGGUAGUACAAUUUACGAUUCCACCAAAUACAUUAACCAGAAUAGCUUUUACUUUUGGAUCUAAAAAAUUAAUUAUAUCAUAAAAAUACUUUAUACAUAUAAAAUAAUAACAAUCUAUAAGCAUACCUUCAUUUAAAAUACGAAAUGCUUGAUAAACUUGGUCCUCUUUUACAUUUCCACCUACAUCUAAAAAAUUAGCAGGGUUUCCUCCAUUUAAUUGGAUAAUAUCCAUUGUUGCCAUAGCUAAACCAGCUCCAUUAACUGAAAAUAAAAAUAAUAAAAAUUAUGCUGUUAUAAAUGAUCGAUAUACUAUAAAAACAUGCAUAUAUUACUGUAAAAUAUCAACCUAAACAUCCAAUAUUCCCAUCCAUUCCGAUGUAAUUUAAAUUAAAAUGUAAUGCAUCUACUUCUCUUGGAUCCUUUUCAUUAGUAUCUUCUAAAGCAAAAAGCUCCUGCUGUCUAAAUUGUGCAUUAUCAUCAAAUGAAAUUUUGGCAUCUACUGCAACAACUUGUUUAUCUUUGGUUAAUACUAAUGGGUUGAUUUCAAUUUGUAAAGCAUCAAUAUCAACAAAUAAUUUCCAUAAACUCUUCAAUUCGUAAAUUGCUUUCUUAUGUACCUCUGGGUCACUAAAUCCUAAGAAAUUACUGAUAUCUUUGGCAAUAGCAUCAUUAAUCCCAUUAUAUAUAUCCAAUGGUACAGUUUUUAUUAAUUCAGGUUGUUCUUUAGCAAUAGCUUCAAUGUCCAUACCACCAAGUGGAGAGGCGAUUAUUACUGGCCCAUUAUGUUGUCGAUCCAUCAGAAUGCAAAUAUAUUUUUCAGAAACAAUAUCAACAGAUUCAGCUAUCAUAACUUUUUGUACCAGAAUGCCAUCCUUUGAAGUUUGUUUAGUAAUCAGCCGAUGACCUAACAUAUUCUUUGCAACAUCUACUACUUCUUUGGGACUAUUAAAAAAAAAAUAUUUCAAAAUAACAUAAAAAAUUAAACAAAAGCAACUAUUAUCUCUAUAAUAAUAUUUCAAAUGUGUAACGUAUAAAAAAUAUAAAAUUAUUAUUAUUACGUUCAUAAUCAUUAAGUAUACAUUUAAUAUAAUCAAAAGUGCAAGUUUUUAAAAAGUGACAUUAAAUUUAUUAUUGAUUUCAUUGAAUACAAAAAAAAGAAAACAAAUCCAUUAUUAAAUUCAUGUCAAGUUCCAACAAAUGUUUAAACAAAAAUUUUAAACUUCUCAACUCUUAUUUUAAUCCUUUGUAAACAGUAAAUUUAUUGUCUUGUUUUUUAAUAUACAUUGAAUUGCAUUAAAAAAAAAUGACACUAGAACUUUCUUGUUAUUAAUUAUUAAAUUUUAAGAAUUUAAUUUUUUUUUAUUACUAUUAAAAGAUUAGUUCCCUAUGUCAUUCAAUAUCACAAAAUAAUUUAAAUUAGCCGCUGUAGUAGAUUUAUCAAAAAUAAUUUGUAACAUUUUGUAUAGGCCACUUCACAUAAAAUACCUUUACACAUUUAUUUUAACUUACUCCUUUGUAAGAUGUACACCACCUUUAAAACCAUUGUUGAACCAUCCUUUACCACGUCCUCCUGCCAAUACUUGAGCUUUGAUAACAUAUUCAUUUGCAUCUGGAAGAUAAAUAAAAGAUACAAAAAGUUCAUUGGUCUCAAAAUUGUCAUAAUCAAGAAAAUUAUUAAUAAUACACAAGCAAAAAAAAUUUUGUAUAUUUCAUUAUAGAUGUAUAAAAUGUGAUGAAAAAAGGAAAAAAAAAAUUAUACUAACAUAAAUUCUUUAGAGCAGAGCUGGCUUUGUUUAAAUCAUCAAUGAUGGCGAAAUUUUGUACAGAUAUACCACAGUCCCUUAAAAGCUCUUUGCUUUGAUAUUCUAAUAAAUUGAGUUUUCUAAAUUGUAUCACUUCGCAUAAUCGAUUUUUAAUAAAAAUUUGUGGGGUUUGGAAAGAUUUUAAACUAAGUAUUCGCAACAUUCUUAACCUUAAGACUUCCACUUGAUAAAUAGUUCAAAAAACAUCACUUGUACUCCAAUCGAAGUGUGUUAAUUCUCGCAUGCGAGAUUAGGAAAAAGAACACCACAAACAGACAUUUUUCGGCAGCAAGACUACAUAACGUUCAUCAACGAUGAUUGGAUGACGACAAUACGCGCGAAUAACGUAUACGUUAAAAUUCAUGUUAAAAAUCAUUAACAAUGAUCUUUUUAUAUGGCUAAAUAUAUAUAUUGAAGAGAAAUUCCAAUACACAUGGCUUAUAGAUAUGUAUAAAAAUUGGGAAGUUUUUCUAACCUAUUAACAUACGAAUAACAUGACGGAAAUUCAUGAAGUUGAAACUACCUGUAUUUAUUUUUGAUGGGAUAACAUAAUAUAUUUUUUAUUCUUAUUUUUUUCUUUUAGAAUUUUUUAUUAUUUUAAUUAUUCAAUGUCAUUUAUAUUUACUUAUUUAUUGGAACUGUCACAGUAUAUAUCCAUAUAUAUAUAUAUGUUAGUCAGGCGCAGAUAUUUUGUUUUCAUACCGUAUGACUAAUAAGUACAGUUUAUUAUAACACGUUUGUUUUAAAUCUUAUUUCUCCACCCUAUUUUUUAUUUUUACUAAGCUGACAGCGCUAUCUCUGUUUGUGUAUGUGUAAUCAUAAAACUCAUCAACCAAAUUCAAAGUUAAUGUUUUUAUUUGGUACAAAUAUAUACAACAAGGAUGGAAAUGGAAGUGAAGGAUAUAAUAGAAAAAUCUUUGAGAAAGGCAAAGGAUCAUGACAGUCUUGGCCAUGUCGGAAAGGCUUAUGCUUAUUAUACUGUUGUAGCAGAAUUAUGUUCUCCAAAAAGAGCAGAAAUAGAGGAAGCAUUUACAGAUGUGUUAUGUGAAUGGUGUAUGCAAUUGGAGGUCAAUAAUAGGUUUUCUGAUCUUCUGUUAUGUUAUAAACAUUCUUUAGAUAUUUAUCCAAAUAAUCCACGUAUGCUAAAUAAUUUUGCAGCGCAUCUUCUAAGGAAUAACGAUCCUAUGAGAGCAAUACCUUAUUUGAAAAAAGCCUUGAGAGUUGAUCCUACUUUUCUACCUGCAGAACGAAAUUUGCAAAAUGCACAUAGUAUGGCUGUAGCUAGAUGGCACUUUCCAAUGUUGAACGAUAAGCAAAGAAAUAAUGCAUUUGCACAAGCAAUACAUAAAAGAAUUUCUGAAGGCUAUGACACCGUUUUAGAUGUAGGAACUGGCACAGGUCUUCUAAGCUUAUAUGCAAAAGAUGCAGGAGCCAAAAACAUUUAUGCAUGUGAAUAUUCAACAGUAAUGGUUAACAUAGCAAAAAAUGUGUUUGAACGCAAUGAUGCAAAAGAUAUAAAAUUGAUACCUAAGCUUUCUUCAAAUCUUAGAAUACCAGACGAUAUUCCAGAAAGGUUGAAAUUAAUAGUAACUGAAACAUUUGAUGCUGGUUUGUUUGGAGAAUUAAUAAUACCAUCUAUGAUUAAUGCACACAAAAAUAUUUUAAGUAAAGAUGGAAUGGUAAUACCUAUGAGAGCCACUCUUUACAUGGCUGCUGUUGAAUGUGAAUAUAUACGAUACAGGUCAUCAGUUUUAUUUAACAAAAUAAAAGAAGAAUGCUCUCUUAGUUUUGAUAAUGUGCUUAUAAUACCAGACGAUGAAUAUUAUGAUACAGAAAAUCUUGAAAAUGUUAAAAUAAAUCAUAUAACAGAACCACAAGUAUUAUUACAUGUUAAUUUUAAUAAUAUGUAUGAAUUACAAGAAUUUGCAAAAGAUGGCAUAAAGGCUAUACGAUGUGUCAAAUGCAGAUAUGAUGGUAUUAUAGAUGGAUUGGUAACUUGGUUCAAACUACAUCUUGAUGAAGAAAUUGUAAUAGAUACAUCAGAAGCAAAUUCUUGUUGGCAACUGGCUGUAUUUCCAACAAUUCCAGCAGUCUGUAAAGAAGGUGAUAACUUAACGAUUAAGACUGAAGUACAUAAUGGAAAACUAAAGUGUUCUUACACAUUAAGCACAUUCAAAUCUGAUAUUGAUUCUAAAUGUACAUAUCGUUUACCAAGAGAAAUAAUAAUGUUCCUUAAUGAUCUUGAAUAUAUUAAAUCUCUUAUUCAAAUUAGCAAAUCUCAUGAAACUAGAAAAUUAAAUUGUAUUUUGGAUACCUCACCAUUUCCUAUCUACGGUUUGAUGCAAUUAAAAAAAAAUAAACAUAGUGAAAUUUUAUAUUAUGAAAGUAGUAAUUUAAUACUUUGUCAUCUUGUUGAACAAAUUAUUAAAGAAAAUGAAAUUCAAGGAACAGCCUAUGCUGUAUCUGAUUAUCGUCAAAUUCAACAUCCUGUAGAUAUUAUACUUUUUCAUAAUUUUGAUAUGAAGGGAGAACUAAAAGAUUGGGGCCAAGAUAGUUGUCAUGAACUUUUCAGCUAUUUGUUAAAGCCAGAAGGCAUUAUACUACCAGAGAAAGUAUUUUUGAUGGGACAACUUAUAUUCUCAGAAGAUUUACCUAAAAUAGUAUCUGUAAAAGAUGCAAAUAUUCAGUGGGAAAAAAAUACAUCGAAUAAAUCAAAUUUUCAUAAGCAUAAUAAUGAAUAUAUUAAUAUUAUGACAAAUAUUAAAGAUACAUAUUCAAGUUAUAAGAUUGCAGAAUAUAUUAAUGAAUAUAAGAUAGAUCAAAUAUUUGACUUAAAUUUAAGUCUGUAUUCUUAUAUACCUUUAUCUGAAGUACAUACAUUAAUAGAAAUAAAAGAAAAUGAAAAGACACAAUCUGUUGUAAAUUUAAAAAAAAUAGGCAAUAAUAAUAAGCAAUUACAUCCAAAUGCUCUUAUUUGUUGGUAUAAAAUUGAACUUACAUCAGAUCAUGUACAUUAUACAAAAAGAAAUGAUUCUUUUAUGAAUCACAUGGCCUUAGUGUUAGAAGAUGAAUUGCAAAAUAUUAUUCGAGCAGAUAAUGAAGUAAAGAUUAAAAUACAACAAGUCAAAGGUCUAGUAAGUAUCAAGUUGAUUACUGAAUGAAUCAAGAAGUACUGAAUUAUAUAUAUGUGCAUUUUUAGUUUUAUAAAUAUGACUUUAUUUUAUAUAAUUAACAAUUAUAUAACAAAAUAAUGAAAAUAUAAUAUUAUGAAAUUAGUAACAUAAUUAAUAUAUGUUUUAUA